AACAGAAGCGGCCUCCCGGCCGGCCCCGUCCUGUCCCGUCCCGCCUGGGAAGGACCGGGACGGCAGCAGCAGCGCCGGCGGCUCCACUUCCCUCCGCCCCCCCGGGAGCGACGCCUGGAGCGGGACGAGCCCGGGUUCUGUCCCGUGGAUGUUGGCGCGGCCGGGCGGCAGUCCAGGAGACGGCCCGUGAGGCAGGGAGCGGCCCCGAGCCCGAGCCCGGCCGGUCCAGGCCGAGCCCCUCGCUUGCAGCGUCUGGGCGGCGCUAGGCCCCGGCGAGGGGGGGGUGGCCCCGAGCCCCGAGCCCUGGAGGCGGGAGCAGGAUGAGCCAGCCGCCGGCCGAGAAAAUGUCUGGCCGCACGGAGGUGGUGCCGUGGAACUGGGCCUUCGGGAACCGUCAGCGGCUGCUGGAGGCCUUACUCUGGGACCCCCGCUCUCCCAUCUACGUGGAGAGCCUCCUGGAUGGUAUGACUUCCUUGUACUCAGAUCUGAAUUUUCCUGCUCUGAGGAAAAACAAGAAUAUAGAAAAUUUCUUACUUAGAUAUGAGAGAACUGUGACAGAAAUUGGAUGCCUACAGAUGAAGGCAGAAGAUUUUGAUGUUAUUAAAGUAAUUGGAAGAGGUGCUUUUGGUGAAGUUCAGUUGGUUCGUCAUAAAGAGUCACAGAAUGUUUAUGCCAUGAAGCUUCUUAGUAAAUUUGAAAUGAUAAAAAGAUCAGAUUCUGCUUUUUUUUGGGAAGAACGAGAUAUCAUGGCCUUUGCCAAUAGUCCUUGGAUUGUUCAGCUCUUUUGUGCCUUUCAAGAUGAUAGAUAUCUUUAUAUGGUAAUGGAAUACAUGCCUGGUGGAGACCUUGUAAACCUUAUGAGUAACUAUGAUGUACCUGAAAAAUGGGCCAAAUUUUACACAGCUGAAGUUGUUCUUGCUUUGGAUGCAAUACACUCCAUGGGUUUAAUACAUAGAGAUGUGAAACCUGACAACAUGCUUUUGGAUAAAAAUGGACAUCUGAAAUUAGCAGAUUUUGGCACUUGUAUGAAAAUGGAUGAAACAGGCAUGGUACGUUGUGAUACAGCAGUUGGAACACCUGAUUACAUAUCACCUGAAGUUCUGAAGUCACAGGGUGGUGAUGGCUGUUAUGGACGAGAGUGUGAUUGGUGGUCUGUAGGUGUUUUCCUUUUUGAGAUGCUGGUUGGGGAUACUCCAUUUUAUGCAGAUUCACUUGUGGGAACAUAUAGUAAAAUUAUGGAUCAUAAAAAUUCACUAAAUUUCCCAGAAGAUGCAGAAAUAUCCAAGCAUGCAAAGAAUCUCAUAUGUGCUUUCUUGACUGACAGGGAGGUGCGACUUGGGAGAAAUGGGGUAGAAGAAAUCAAACAACAUUCUUUCUUUAAAAGUGAUCAAUGGAAUUGGGAUAACAUAAGAGAGACUGCAGCUCCAGUAGUACCUGAACUCAGCAGUGACAUAGAUAGCAGCAAUUUUGAUGACAUUGAAGAUGAUAAAGGAGAUGUGGAAACCUUUCCAAUUCCUAAAGCCUUUGUGGGAAACCAGCUGCCUUUUAUAGGUUUUACCUACUAUAGCGAAAAUUUGUUGUUAAGUGACUCUCCUUCAUCCUGUACAGAAAAUGAUCCAGUACAAUCAAGGAAAAAUGAGCAAUCUGUACAGAUUCAAAAAAAACUAUACUUACUAGAAGAACAUCUCAAAAAUGAGAUACAAGCCAAAGAGGACCUGGACCAGAAGUGCAAAUUGAUUAGCACUCGACUAGAGAAGAUAACAAAAGAACUAGAAGAAGAGGCUACCUCAAGAAAGAAUGUAGAAUCUACAUUAAGACAAUUAGAAAGAGAGAAGGCUCUUCUUCAACACAAAAAUACAGAAUACCAGAGGAAAGCAGAACAUGAAGCAGACAAAAAACGAAAUCUAGAAAACGAUGUUAACAGCUUGAAAGAUCAGCUUGAAGAUUUGAAAAAAAGAAAUCAAAACUCUCAAAUAUCUAACGAACAAGUCAAUCAGCUCCAAAAACAAUUGGAUGAAGCCAAUGCUUUGCUGCGAACCGAGUCUGAUACUGCGGCCAGGUUACGGAAAAACCAGACAGAAAGUUCAAAACAAAUUCAGCAACUGGAAUCUAAUAAUAGGGAGCUACAAGACAAAAAUUGCAUGCUAGAGAAUGCUAAACUGAAGCUUGAAAAGGACUUCAUCAAUCUUCAGUCAGCUCUAGAAUCUGAAAGGAGAGAUAGAACCCAUGGAUCUGAGAUGAUUAAUGAUUUGCAAGGUAGAAUAUCUGGUUUGGAAGAAGAUAUUAAAAAUGGUAAAAUUUCAUUAGCAAAAAUGGAGUUAGAGAAGAGACAACUACAGGAGAGAUUUACAGAUUUAGAAAAGGAAAAAAGUAACAUGGAAAUAGACAUGACAUACAAACUGAAAGUUAUACAGCAGAGUUUGGAACAGGAAGAAGCAGAACAUAAAGCUACAAAAGCACGGUUAGCAGAUAAGAAUAAGAUAUAUGAGUCUAUUGAGGAGGCCAAGUCUGAAGCCAUGAAAGAAAUGGAGAAGAAACUCCUAGAGGAAAGAACUUUAAAACAAAAGGUGGAAAACCUUCUGUUGGAAGCUGAAAAAAGAUGUUCAAUGUUAGACUGCGACCUCAAACAGUCCCAACAGAAAGUGAAUGAACUCUUGAAACAGAAGGACAAACUAAAUGAAGAUGUCAGGAACUUGACCUUAAAAAUAGAGCAAGAAACACAAAAGCGUUGCCUCACACAAAAUGACCUGAAGAUGCAAACGCAACAAGUCAACACACUGAAAAUGUCUGAAAAACAAAUGAAACAAGAAAAUAAUCAUCUUAUGGAAAUCAAAAUGAGUCUGGAAAAGCAAAAUAUUGAGCUUCGAAAAGAACGACAAGAUGCAGAUGGACAGAUGAAAGAGCUCCAAGAUCAGCUUGAAGCAGAACAAUAUUUCUCAACUCUCUAUAAAACACAAGUUCGAGAGCUUAAAGAAGAAUGUCAAGAGAAGACCAAGCUUUGCAAAGAAAUGCAGCAGAAGAGCCAGGAAUUACAGGAUGAGAGGGACUCGCUGGCUGCACAGCUUGAGAUCACCUUGACAAAAGCUGAUUCAGAGCAGCUAGCCCGUUCUAUUGCUGAAGAACAGUACUCUGAUUUGGAAAAAGAGAAGAUCAUGAAAGAGCUGGAAAUUAAAGAGAUGAUGGCUCGACACAAACAAGAACUUGCAGAAAAAGAUGCUACAAUAGCAUCUCUUGAGGAGGCUAAUAGGACACUAACUAGUGAUGUGGCUAAUCUCGCAAAUGAGAAAGAAGAACUGAAUAAUAAAGUCAAGGAAGUCCAAGAACAAAUAUCAAGGUUGAAAGAUGAAGAAACAAAUAUAUCAGUUAUUAAAACACAAUUUGAGAAACAACUAUUAAAUGAGAGAACACUAAAAACUCAGGCUGUGAAUAAAUUGGCUGAGAUUAUGAAUCGAAAAGAACCUCCCAGGCGUGGCGCUGACACAGAUGUGAGGAGGAAAGAGAAAGAGAAUAGAAAGCUACAUAUGGAACUUAAAUCAGAACGUGAAAAGUUAACUCAACAGAUGAUCAAAUAUCAAAAAGAAUUGAAUGAAAUGCAAGCUCAAAUAGCUGAAGAAAGCCAAAUUCGAAUUGAACUGCAAAUGACGCUGGACAGUAAAGACAGUGAUAUUGAACAGCUUCGGUCACAGCUCCAGGCCUUACACAUUGGUCUGGAUAGUUCCAGUAUAGGCAGUGGACCAGGGGAAGCUGAGGCAGAUGAUGGGUUCCCAGUCCAUAUCACUCAGUCACGUACUAUGGAAUCCAUGUCUUUCACCUAUCAACGUUCUUCUACCUCUCUCAAUAUUGCUACUAAGCCUUCCAGUUCUCACAUGCUUCUCGACUCUGAUUCUGACUCAGAGGAAGAAUGCUUAUCUUGUGCACCCAUUUCUUCGGAACCUGAUAGUGCAGAAUCAAGAUUAGAGGGAUGGCUUUCAUUGCCUGUACGAAACAACACUAAAAAGUUUGGAUGGGUUAAAAAGUAUGUGAUUGUAAGCAGCAAGAAGAUUCUUUUCUAUGAUAGUGAACAAGAUAAAGAACAGUCUAAUCCUUACAUGGUGUUAGAUAUAGACAAGUUGUUCCAUGUCCGUCCAGUCACACAGACAGACGUUUAUAGAGCUGAUUCCAAAGAGAUUCCAAGGAUAUUCCAGAUCCUGUAUGCUAACGAAGGCGAAAGCAAAAAAGAACAAGAAUUUCCAGUGGAACCCGUUGGGGAGAAGUCAAACUGCAUUUGCCACAAAGGACAUGAAUUUAUUCCCACUCUUUAUCAUUUCCCAACUAACUGUGAGGCCUGUAUGAAGCCACUUUGGCACAUGUUUAAACCUCCACCUGCUCUUGAGUGCCGCCGCUGCCAUAUCAAAUGCCAUAAAGACCACAUGGACAAAAAGGAGGAAAUCAUAGCACCUUGCAAAGUAUACUAUGACAUUUCAACGGCAAAGAAUCUGCUGUUAUUAGCUAAUUCUACAGAAGAUCAGCAGAAGUGGGUCAGUCGGUUGGUAAAAAAGAUACCCAAAAAACCCCCAGCACCAGAUCCUUUUGCUCGGUCAUCUCCUAGAACUUCUAUGAAGGUACAGCCCAACCAGUCUAUAAGACGGCCAAGUCGACAGCUUCCUCCAAGCAAGCCAAGAUUGCUUGAUUUGGCAUUUAAAGACUGGGAUUGGUCAUUUGAUGAUAUUGAUGAUGAUGGUGAUGAUGAUGAUGACGAUGUUUUUGAUUUCUGAAGAAAUGAAUGGGCUAACUGCCUUCUGUGAAUGCAGUCACUAUCCAUGGUGAUCAUUUUCUGCCUGUUAUGAACAAGACUGAAAUGUGAUAUCCCCAAAUUUAUUAAAUGAAAGAAGCUAUAUUUUCUUGAGAGAGCGAUAUAUAUAUGUGUAUAUAUAUAUAUACAUACAAACACACACACACACACACACAUAUAUAUAUACAUACACAUAUGUAUGUAUAUGUAUAAAUCAGUGGUGUACUUUUGGGGGGGCUGCAAUAUAAAUCAGUAAUCUUGGAGAGGUUUCCUCAGAUCUUUUAAGGUGACUGAUUAAACCAAGAGUCAUUGGUAACAGAAUAAAGAUACUGUAGGGAUACCCCUCUCCAAAGUCUUGUUCUACAAAACUCUAUUGGAUGACACUACAUUUCACAAGAGGACUGAGAAGAGUUGAAAUAAAAGUGAUUAUCUUUCAGCUUCACUGGAGAGAUUUCACCAGCAUAUUAAGGUUACCAGAAGAAUUGAGGAUUGGGAAAGAUUCUACCAUAGUGGUAUAGACUGAAUCCUUAAGAAGUGACCAUUAUACUGUGUGUGUGUGUGUGUGUGUGUGUGUGUGUAUAUAGAGAGAGUACUGUAAUACUGCAAGAGGAUUUUUAAGACUUUCCACUUUAUUUUUUAUACACAUUGAUUAGAUACCAUUACUUAUUGCAGUUGCAACUAUGCACUUGUAUAAAGCCAUAAUGUUGAAGUUGAUAUUAUUCAUUCAUAUAUAUCCAAAAAAGCUGCAUGUCAAUGUGUUUGAGCAGUUAAUGUAAUGAAAACUUUGAAGUUAAUCAUAUCAGUUUAAUAUUGCUUCAUGAUGGACAACCCUACUUUGCCAUUUGAAUGCCUUAAUUUAAGUCCUUUACUUCCACCUCCCUUCCCCUACCCCCAAGUCUCAGCCCACUCUAUGUAUUUAAAAUGAUAAAGGAAAAAAAAAUGUUUACCAGCUCUUAGAAUACAGAUUUGCUUUGUGGAAGAACAAUAGAGCACUAUUUUUACACAUAAUAGUUAUAGCAAUGUCAGCCUAUUUUGAAUGUAUAGUGAAUGGGUUUUGUUUUUUUGGCAGGAAAGCAUUGGUUACCAGAAACAGUAAUUGAUAGUAUGAGAACUAAGAUAACUUCAAUGUGUACUGGUAAUUUUUCAUCCAGCCCUUUUUACAAACCUCAGUAUUAUUCAGUGACUUCGUAUUACUCUCAUUAAGUGCUAUGAAGCUUUGUUUUGCCUUGUUUGUAUCCUGGCUCAGUUUUGUUUUGUUUCGUUUUGUUUUGUUUUUGCGGGGGGAGGAGGGGUCAUCUCUAUCUUUUACAUUUUCACACACAAUACAAGUACUCAAGACUUAUCACGAAGUUUAAAAAGAACUAAAACAUACUGUAGAUAUAUCUUAAAUUUUUCUAUACUGUUCUCAAGGAUAUGGCUGUGUGUAUUAUUUCAGUUAUGUGCUAAUGAGAACUGAUACCUGGGAAGAAGGGGCCUAGAAACACUAAAUUGGAUUUAUUUUUUAAAUUCAAUCUUGUAUAAAAAUAGAAUUUUGUGGGCUCAUUCAUGUUGUAUUCAUCAUCAUCCCAGAAAAUUGCAUGUUUUGUACAACUACAGUAUGCUACAACGUUAAAGAUGAGAGUAAAGAAAUUAUGUAGCCUCUUAACUGGUCGGUCUCUACAUCUAUAGAUAUAUAGAGAUUGUAUAUUAUAUCUAUAUAUAUCUAUAGAGAGUGUGUGAUAAUUAAAAUACAUAAUCUAACAUUUCAAUGAAGGAAAUAGACAUUUCAUUGUUCCUUUCUCUAGGGACAACAUAGAAAUGUUUGAAAAAUUAGGACCACAAUUAUGAAACACUAUCAUGGGAAGCUGAAGAGCGGCCUUUGGCCCAUCAGUGUAUGAAAACCAAAUUCUCUCUCUCUCUCUCUUCUCUCCUCCCUCCCCGAUCCUCUCACCUUUAACAAAAUUGACUUAUUGAAUCUGCACUCUUUCAUGUUGGCUGUGGACCCUUAAAACUAGAAUGUGCACGCCACUUCUUUUUCACAUAUUGGUUUGUUACAAUCUAGUUUUAAAGCACAGCAUGUUUUUUAAAGCGUGAAAAAAAUAUAUAAAAUUUAUAUAGAGUAACUAUUUCCAUUCAUUAGACUUGUUUAAAUGAGACUGAAUGCAUAAAUAUUUUAUAUAAAGAUUUUGUUACAUUGUGGGAAGUUCUAUCCUAUUAUUCUGAAUUGGAGAGAAUAUAUAAAUAUAUAUAUUUUUAAAUAAACUGUUUUAAGGUGAAAUAGUUUUAAGUUUACACAUGGUAAUUGAAAUAUUUGAGUAUAGAAGGCAAAAGUGGGUGUUAAAGAGUAAAUUUUGGAAGAUGUAAAUAAUUGAGUAUGAAGAAUCAUGGCAUCUCUUCUAUACAGGGGGAAAAUGUGAAGUUUCUCAAAAUUAGAUAAUUAGCUAAGAAAAAAAAAUUCUCUCCCAUGGAGAUUUUCUACAUUUCAUUUUAUUAACAUAGUCAAGGUUUAUAAGGUUGGUUUCCCAUUUCAAACAAUAAUAAUUUUUUUUCCUAAUUAUUAUUCCAGCUUCAGGUAAGAAUUUGCCAUUUCCCCCUUUGUAACCUUAAAUCAUGCUCUGUGCAUGCAUGUACCUAUCCAAAUGCAAUCUCUUCAGCAUAUGACAUUCCCUUGGCAUGGAUACCUAAUUGUGCCAAUCUCCAUUUUCCUACUGUCCUGGCAAGUCCCCAAAUUAAACAGUCUAUGGGUUCUUCCAUUUUAUACUAUUCAGAUUAUAAUAUUAUUAAGUUAAAAAAACAGCUUAUCCAUAACGCCUGUUGUAUUUCCUUAGGCAAGACCUCUAUUAUAGACACAAAUAUUUCCUAUGGACAUAAGAGUAAAGAAAUGCCAGGUGGAAGAGGAAUCAUACCAUUAUCUUUAUCUAUAGUGUCAGUGAUUUUAGUGCAAAUUUAUAGUACACACCAAAUAAACAUUUAUCCAUCAGAAAGCAAAGAGGCCUGGGAUCAACUGAUAUAGGUAUACCAAUAAAAAUAAAAUAAAGGGUAGCCUAUAUAAAAGCUGAGCCAUAGUAAUCUUCAGUGACUCAAUUUUUAUGACCCCAUACCUAACUAAAAAUCCUUAACAAUACAUAAAAAAGUGGGUAAUUACAUUUUAGGAAAGAAUACUGUUGUUAAUAAUCAAGUCUUCUGCUAUCCUUUGUAGGAAAAUGGAGAUACUUCUAAACAGUGCAUUGACUUAUUAUUGAUACCUGCUUUAACAUUAGAUUCUAUAAAGAUUUCUCAUGCUCGAGGUGCAUUGGUCCAGUGAUCAGAGCAGAGCCAGGUAUAUCUGAAUUUACAAAUUAGUUUGGAUACCAGCAUUUGGCUCCUUACUCUUACCUUGGAACUUCUGCCAAGUUUUUGGGCCUCCCUAAAUCUCCUACUGUGUUGUGAGGAUACUGUAGAACGUUUUGUAAAGCACUUUGAAGAAGCACUGAGAUGUUAUGCCAGGGGGGUUACUCUUGUCUUCCUUCUGCCCCCGUCUACAAAUUUUAUUGGGAAUGGUUUUGAAUGAAUUAUGAAAUUCACAGCUUACCAUAAUUAUUACACAAAUAUUUGAUCAGACAUCUUUCCUUUUAAAUACCAAACCAAAAAAAAAAGAAAUAACCCCAGGAUUUAACUUUUGGAAAUUUUUGUCGCAUCUUUGUAGCAUUGUGAUUGUAUCCUAUGCCUGCUUUUGAAAAGAAAAUUAAAUAAAAGGAAUUGAGAAGUAUGCAUUUUCAUACUUUUCCUGUGAAAAUA